AAUAUCGACUUGCUUGUUGCAGCCUUCACCCUGUUGGAUGAGUUAGAGCUGUAUAUGAAAUAAAAUUUUGCCGUACAAACAUUUUCAAAAGGAAGAAAAGAUGGGCAACACGACUUCUACUGCCCCGGGUUCAACAGCACCGGCUGCUUCGCCCCGUGUAUGCAAUGCAAAUAUGUCUGGGUCUGGAAAUUUGUGAUGCUCAGCAUGACGUAUCGUGAGGAGGCCACAAGUGCUGGCUCAGCAUGACAAGUUUCGGAGCUUCUACGUGUUGCCUAUUCUGCAUGGCAAACUGCGUUUCUGCAUGAGAGAACAAAAGCGGGGCGCUUGGGUAAGGUGCAUGACAGAUUUCAGAGUCAUGCCAGACAAGCAUGACAAACAUGCACUCCUCCAGACCGAGACAUCUUUUCAGUUCAUACCGUGACGUCGUGGACCACGACAUUCUUCCCCCUGUAUAGAUUGCAAAAGUGUCUGGGUCUGGAAAGUUGGAACUUGUGAUGCUCUUUUUGGACUCUAAAAAAAUCUGUAUUGCAUGAUCAGCAAGAGGAGUCUAGUUUGUGCUACGCGGGGAGGGCGUUUGUCAUGCGGAAUAGGCAUCAGGAAGCCCUCUAAAAAUCUGUGAUGCUAGUAGGCCAUGCAUUACAGACAGCCUGGGUCAUGCAAAAUAUGCAUGACAAAUCCGGCAACAUUCCAGACCCAGACACUUUUGCAUUUGAUCCUCUGCUCCCCAGGACCAAUCGGUCGCGCAGCAGAUUCUUUCCUUCCUGUCCCCCUUUGACUUUGAUGAGGACGACGCCGCCGCCGCUACGCAGCCUACCACCACGGCCUUCCAGCAGCGGCGCGAGGCGAACCGCCGCGCGCGACAAACCAUAUGAAUUGCAAAUAUGUCUGGGUCUGGAAGGUGGUAACUUGUCAUGGUAAAUCUGAAGCAUGCAAAAAUCUGUCUUGCAUGAGUGCCAAAAGCUGUCCACUUUCGACCAAGUUGGGAGGGAGUUCCUCAUGCAGGAUAGGGAUGGCAGAGACCUCGCAGAGCCUGUCAUGCUAAGUCCCGCAUUGCAGACCUCAUGGGUCAUGGAAAAUCUGCAUGACAAGUCUACACUCUUCCAGACCCAGACAUUUUUGCAUUUGACAAACCAGCGAGGGGCGCCACCGGCGGGCGCAGAUGCUGCUGUUAUCGCAGGUGAACGACUUCCGCGACAUAUUACAGUGAAAAAUGCCCCCACCGGCCCCCAAAGUUGCAAAAAUUUGUGAUGCGAAGUUUCCAAAUGAAAACUUUUUGCCAUGCAUGAAAGGAGUACGAAUGAAUCUUUCUGAUGCAGAGUCUAGGCGUGUAUCGCAUCGCUUGCAUGACAAGCGCCACUCUUGCUGGUGGGGUCUUUUGCAAUACAGAUUUUUGCUAUUCACGCUUGGAAACCUGUGAUGCCGAUAGAUGCAAGAGGGCAAAUGUUUCAUUUGGAAAGGUUUGCAAUACAAAUGCUCCCAAGUUCGGGAGUGGGGGCAUUUUUCACUGUAAUGCGACAUGCUGACGGAUGAGCAACUGGUGGCGAUUUCGAACGGCUAUCAAAUGCAAAAAUGUCUGCGUCUACAAGAUUGCGAGAUUUGUCAUGUUUGUCUGGCAUGACCAAAAAGCUUGUGAUGCGUGUCCAAGAAGAGCCCCUUUUGCUUGUCAUGCAAAAACGCAGUUUGUCAUGCGAAAAGCGCAACACAAAGAAGCGCAGAUAUUUCCCAUGCUUGCCUGUGCAUUACAGAGCAUUCACUAUUCCCAACGCAGCAUUACAAGUUUCCAGACCCAGACAUUUUUGCAGUUGAUAACGGCGAGUUUGCGACGACCGGGCGAACGACGACGGCCCCUGCCGCUCCUUUGGGGGAACAAGAGGACGAAGCUGGAGAUGAGGCCGCCACUGUUGGAGAAGAUGAUGGCGGCGGCGACGAGGGCAACUCAACCACCGCCGACGUUGCGGGCGAACCCACGGCGACGACAACGAGCAUCGGGGCACCAAGGACCUCCUCGCCACCUGGAGCUGCAGUUAACGAAGACCCGGCGGAAGCGAGGACGCAGGGUAGACGUGAUUCUCAAUGCCCACGACACGAGGAACUUUAUCGAGACCCGGGCGGGCAAGAAGAUGCUGAAAUAAGAGGUGCAGUGGGAAGAUCAUCAUCCUCUGCUACCUUCAGUACCGCCGCCGCAGCAGGAGGGGGAGCUGCCGCUGCGUCCACUUCUUCCCCGCCCACGCGGACCAGGAGUGAAGACGGCACUCCUGCAGCAGCGUCUACUAGCGACGGCGCGGAUCAUCCUGCAAGAAAUCAGUCCGGUUCAGCUGCAAGCUCCACGGGUGGUGCCGUUUCUGCAACCUCCGGUGCAGCUUCAGCUCCUUCGGCUGCCGCGUCGUCAGGACGACCAAGUACAUCUGUAACAUCCACCUCAGCGGUGGAACAAGCGUCAUCCAGUUCGUCUUCUACAAGAAUGGAGGAAAACGCAGCGGGCGAAGAUCAACCUAGUGUAACUCUGCCAGUAGAGGAGCAAGGCGCCCGGGGGAGCGGGGAGAUAUUUAGUACAAGUCAACACAGUGCUGUUCCGCUUCCGGGGACGACGACCAGGAGCGAUGACGCAGCAACUGGAGGAGGUGUCCUCAAUAAUACCAGGACUAGCUCUACAGCGUCCUCGUCGACCUCCAAUAUUACAAGAAGCCAGCAACAAGCCUCCGUCGGCUCGCGGCGGCGGCUUCUCUCCGAGCGGCUUUUGGACGCGACGAAGGUCCAGGCACCGAAGAUGGAGAAACUCGCGGUGGAAGUGAACCAAGUGCACCUACGGCCAGACUCACUCAGGCUGAAAGACGGGAUUCGGACUAUUCCUGCGCAGGACCACGUCUUUCACCCCGGCGCGGCAGACCGGACCCUGUCGUUUCGCUUCGAUUGCAGUUCCGAAACCGGGUGCACGGCUUUGGUUUUCUAUCCGGUCGAGCUUGGAGGUGGGGAAGGCGUGGAAGAGGUACUUAGACAAUAAACCAAAAUCAGGUGUCGUUUGUGACAGAAACAAGAAAUAAGUGCCUUUUACUUUAUCAGCUACAGUGUCUUGUGUUGUGCUGCUCGUAUACUUAGAAGAAGUGUCGCGGAGUUUGACGGGUGUAUUUCAUUAUAGCUUUGCUCUCUCGAGAAUGUUAUUUCAGUGCGUAUCUGAAUCUGGAACUGGGCCACCAACUUCAGUCGAUUGACCACAACAUGCUCGCCAUUUCUGUGGAGUGAAGUGCGCGGACACGACGUUCUUUCUAUCCCUCGAAAAUAUGCAUAUAGUCGAUCUUCUUCCAUAUCCUUCGUGAUCAAGGUACCAAAAGUCGGUCCUGCAAACGGCGGCUCGUCUUGGUCUUCCACCACAUCCUCGAAAAUAAACGAUGGUCUUGCCUUAUCCACUGCAUCAAAUAUUGGGCCUGGCUGUUCUCUGGAAGGUUGCGACUUGUGAUGCUGCUUUAGGUUUAUUUGGAUUCCGAAAAAAUAUGUAUUGCCGGAGCCACCAGAGUAGGACUCCAGUUUUUGCUCAGCGCAGACGCCAUUUCUCAUGCUGGCUAAGCAUUAAAACCAAAGGGCGAAAAUCUAUGCCAGAUCACAGACAUCCUGACUCAUGUAAUAAAGGGUGCAUGACAUCAGACCUUCCGUUCUUCCAGACCCAGACAUAUUUGCCUUUGAUACGGCUGCGCCAGCUUUUCCUACACGGGGCCCCGGGGUUGCGACAUCCCUGCUACCGUGUUGCUGGCCGGCAUGUUCUUGAAGCCACUACAACCGCUGAAGUCUCCUGCAAAGAUCUCCUGCCCCGGCGUCCGAGAUGAAUCUUCGCAGCCUCUGGACGUGCUCGUCGUCCUCCUGCCGGGGUUCUUAUACGAAGAGGAAGAAGAUGAAUCUACUUCGGUAGUUGAUUUACUACACGACUCAGCCGAUCAAGCAGAACAUCCGGCCACAACAGCUGCAAAACAGGAGUUCAGUAAAAACUUCAUCCUGCCAUGUAGUCGCGGAGGCACCGUCGGCCUGCCGGUGCACCUCCGGGGCGCGGUGGACCACGGCCAGGGCAGCAAUAGUGACAGCACGAGGUGGACCUCCCCGUCGAGGACAUUUUUAGAGACAACAACCCAAAUGACUCUCGUUCCCUCCUCUUCUACUUCCUGGCACCCGGUUGAGAAGUUCCAAUUGCAGAGGACCUGCUUGAACGACGAGAAGAAUCUGCGUUGGCCCGACCUGCUGCUCAGCCGACCACGGGAUUUCUUGUGUGCCGCAGUAGAAGAAGACCGAUGGGCAGGACGACCAGGAGGAGCUCCAAGCGGCCCUUCGUUUAUCAAGAAUAAUAAAACCACCUCCACAUCAACUUCUAGUUCUAGUAGAGCUGUCCACCUCCUGUCCGCGGCGCAACGCACCAAGCCCGUAUGAAAUGCAAAAAUGUCUGGGUCUGGAGAAGUGGAACUUGUGAUGCUGUGUUUGGAUUCCAAAGAAAUCUGUAUUGCAUGAGCAGCAAAGGGAAUACAAUUCUUGCUACGCGGAGUGGGCAUUUGUCAUGCGAAGCAGGCAUCAACAAGCCCUCAAGAAAUCCGUGAUGCUAGGGCAUGCAUCACAGGCAUUAUGGCUCAUGCAAAACGUGCAUGACAGGUCUCAGAAUCUUCCAGACCCAGACAUUUUUGCAAUUCAUAACCCGCCUUUUUCUACGAAUCCACCUUCUUCCGCAUAUUCGUCUCAACCAUUGAAGACACGACGGCGGAAAAGAACGGAAUGAAGAACACAAGUGGUUUCUUAUCCAAAUUGAAACACACAGUGAAGACGCAGAAGCUCCACGUUGGAACGGAGGCGUACUCCCUCCGGGAUCUCUAUGGGGCGCCGGAACUCCCACAGGAAGAAGGCGCCGGUCCGACGAGUAGCUCUUUCCAGGCGAUAAUUGCCGGCGCAGCUGCCGACGAAAGAACAUCAUCAAGGGCUGCACCUACUUUAGCUGGAUCUUCUUCAUCCGCCGAUGAAGAACAGAUGUUGCAGAACAACAACGGAGGUGGUCCUGGUCCGGCUCUCGAAGAUAAUCGACCCUCGUCGCCUUCCGCAGUAGUACCCGCUGGCGUAGCUGUAUCGUCGUCAAAAGGUAGUUCACUUCCUGCAGAACCACUGAUUAACCAUACUUCUUCCACCGCGGAAACAAUGGAAGAUUUCGAGGCCAGCGCCCAACAAGCCUGCAUCAUCUGCCUCUCGGACCGGCGGAACGUCGUCGUUUUACCCUGCCGGCACAUGUGCCUCUGCGAGCACUGCGCAAAGAAGUUGAGCCAGGUGCGCAGCACUAGCAAUGGCGGGCGUCCGCAAAGCAGUAUUAAGUGCCCCCUGUGUCGGGAGAAAGUCAGCAGCUUUCUCGCGGUCGUGUGUGAAGAGGCGAAGUCGGUGCGUUGUUGAAAUCAAUGCCGAGACACUUGUUUGCGAGAUUUUUUUUCUGAAUACUGUUUCAAAUUGGCUGCAUUUGAGUGUGACAACUUUUUUCCGAUCCGUGAAGAAAUCACCAGCAUCAAGAACUACUUAUUUUGCCACUCACUGUGCUGAACAGCCUUUUGCGAGCACCAGAAUCUUCAACAACACUCGCCGGAGCGCUUUGUAGAAGUAUAGUAGCAAAAGCACAGAACAAUUGAAAAUUUUGCAGGCCGCGAGGUGUGAAGAAUGCAAGAGGAACGCGCGGCUCCGCUCCAAUCUUCCGAAAUUAAGUACACUGUAU